CACCGCCGCCGAAGCGGAGACCCGAGCCGCGAGCGCCACCAGGGCAGCAGGCGCCGCAGCCGCCGCCGCUGGGCUGAGGAGCCGGAGACGCAGGCGGACGAGGUGGCGGCGGCGGCGGAGCGGGAGCGGGGACCGGGCGCAGAGAGAGCGCGGCGGCGCGGGUAUCUUCUAGAGAACAAGUCUUCAGACACCUUUGCCAUAUUGACUCUGAGCCGUCAGGGGACUCAGGCUUAUGAGGAGGUACUGUCACACAAAACAGUGUCUAGUGAAGACGACAAGAAAGAGGGGAAAGGAUCGGAAGAAGAAGCUAAAAUACUGUAGAAAACCAUGAGAUCUAUUAGAUCUUUUGCCAAUGAUGAUCGCCAUGUUAUGGUGAAACAUUCAACAAUUUAUCCAUCUCCGGAGGAACUUGAAGCUGUUCAGAAUAUGGUGUCUACUGUUGAGUGUGCUCUUAAACAUGUCUCGGAUUGGCUGGAUGAAACAAAUAAAGGCACAAAAGCAGAGGGAGAGACAGAAGUGAAGAAGGACGAGGCCGUAGACUCCUAUUCCAAGGAUCAAGGUGGUCGGACAUUGUGUGGUGUUAUGAGGAUUGGCCUGGUUGCAAAAGGCUUGCUGAUUAAAGAUGAUAUGGACUUGGAGCUGGUUUUAAUGUGCAAAGACAAACCCACAGAGACCCUGUUAAAUACAGUCAAAGAUAAUCUUCCUAUUCAGAUUCAGAAACUCACAGAAGAGAAAUAUCAAGUGGAACAGUGUAUAGAUGAGGCAUCUAUUAUAAUUCGGAAUACAAAAGAACCUACACUAACUUUGAAGGUGAUACUUACUUCCCCUCUAAUUAGGGACGAAUUGGAGAAGAAGGACGGAGAAAAGGUUGCGAUGAAAGAUCCGCCGGACUUAUUGGACAGGCAGAAAUGCCUGAACGCCUUGGCGUCUCUUCGACAUGCCAAAUGGUUUCAGGCAAGGGCAAAUGGAUUAAAAUCAUGUGUAAUUGUCCUCCGCAUUCUGCGUGAUUUGUGCAACAGAGUCCCCACGUGGGCACCAUUAAAAGGAUGGCCACUAGAGCUUAUAUGUGAAAAGUCUAUAGGUACUUGUAAUAGACCUUUGGGCGCUGGGGAGGCCUUGAGACGAGUAAUGGAGUGUUUGGCAUCUGGAAUUCUACUUCCUGGGGGUCCUGGUCUUCAUGAUCCUUGUGAGAGAGACCCAACAGAUGCUCUGAGCUAUAUGACCAUCCAGCAAAAAGAGGAUAUUACCCACAGUGCACAGCACGCACUCAGACUAUCAGCCUUUGGCCAGAUUUAUAAAGUGUUGGAAAUGGACCCUCUUCCAUCUAGUAAGCCUUUUCAGAAAUAUUCCUGGUCAGUUACUGAUAAAGAAGGUGCUGGGUCUUCGGCUCUGAAGAGGCCAUUUGAAGAUGGAUUAGGGGAUGAUAAAGAUCCCAAUAAGAAGAUGAAACGAAACUUAAGGAAAAUUCUGGAUAGUAAAGCAAUAGACCUUAUGAAUGCCCUAAUGAGGCUAAAUCAGAUCAGGCCUGGGCUUCAAUAUAAGCUCUUAUCUCAGUCUGGCCCUGUCCAUGCCCCAGUCUUCACAAUGUCUGUAGAUGUGGAUGGUACAACAUAUGAAGCCUCAGGACCAUCCAAGAAAACAGCAAAACUUCACGUAGCAGUGAAGGUGCUGCAGGCAAUGGGAUACCCAACGGGCUUUGAUGCAGAUAUUGAAUGUAUGAGUUCCGAUGAAAAAUCAGAUAAUGAAGGCAAAAAUGAAACAGUGUCUUCAAACUCAAGCAAUAAUACUGGAAAUUCUACAACUGAAACCUCCGGUACCUUAGAGGUAAGAACUCAGGGCCCUAUCCUCACAGCAAGUGGCAAAAAUCCUGUAAUGGAGCUCAAUGAAAAAAGAAGAGGUCUUAAGUAUGAACUCAUCUCGGAGACUGGUGGAAGCCAUGACAAACGCUUUGUAAUGGAGGUAGAAGUAGAUGGACAGAAAUUCAGAGGUGCAGGUCCAAAUAAGAAAGUGGCAAAGGCAAGUGCAGCUUUAGCUGCCCUGGAGAAGCUGUUUUCUGGACCCAAUGCAGCAAAUAAUAAGAAAAAGAAGAUCAUCCCUCAGGCAAAGGGUGUUGUGAAUACAGCUGUGUCCGCAGCAGUCCAAGCUGUUCGGGGCAGAGGAAGAGGAACGCUAACAAGGGGAGCUUUUGUUGGGGCCACAGCUGCUCCUGGCUACAUAGCUCCAGGCUAUGGAACACCAUAUGGUUACAGCACAGCUGCCCCUGCCUAUGGUUAAUACUUUUAAGCAGUUUUCAGCACGUUUAUCUCACUUUAUUCUCGUUCUCCUCGGACCUUCGUAGCCAUAUCACUUGUAUAAAAUAGGCUGAGAUAUAGUGACUGUAAGCUGUGGUCUCAGUAUACAAAGGUAAGCUCUUUUAUUUUCUGAUUAAAGAGAAAAUUAAAAAUCAAUGAACACAACAUGCAUAUAUGACAAUCAUAUAUGAUGUAUUUGAUCUCUUAGGUCUUAUGUCAUCACGUUACUUAAAAAUUUUUUAUGAUCUAAAUGUAAGAUAGUUAUUUUCAGCAUUUUGUUUUUAAUACUCUUGUAAUUACUUUCUAUUCAAGAGAGACAUUUCACUUUUGAGUUAAGUGUGUGUAUGUGUAUAGAAACUUAUGAUAUAACAUAUAUGUGAAUUACACACACUUAUCUGUUUAAAUAAAAGAAUUCGGUGGGUGGGAAGUGUUCACCUAAGAAGAAUUUAAUGUCAGGGCACUCUUUUGGCCAAAGUGCUGGAAUUUCAUAAGCUGCAAGAUUGGUAACAGUGCCGGUAGGACCCAUUUAUAUGUAGCUGUUACAUAAACUGAGGAUCAAAGUGCCAAUUUCUCAAGGAGAGAGGACUUCUCUGAGAAAUGAAUAUCUCUGAUCUGUGUUGUAUGCCCUAAUACAACAGCAGCAAGAAGCCAUAAAAAAAAAAAAGCAAUAGAAAAUGAAAAAAACCAAAAUAUUAAGGUAACUAUGAAAAAUAUAUAAUUGACUGAGUUAAGCAAAGUAUUUGCAGAACCAAUUAUGGCAAGACUCAGAAUGGUAAAUACCCAGUGUGCAGAAACCAAAUAGAUGUAGGGCAAUUCAUCUGUCUUUUCCAGGUUAGGUAGGUAAUUUAUUUCCCACCUGAUUCAACCAUCAUGGAGUUCAUUUAAAAGAUAUGAGGGUUAGGCCAAAUAUUUUUACGAGGAUUUGCUUCGUUUAGUGUGUUCCAUAAAUGCAUUUCAUAUGUGUUAGAUGUUCUGUGCUAAGGUUGUAUUUGAUAUAUAUAUAUAUAUAUAUAUAUAGAUUAAAAUGAAGUUUAUGUUUUAUAUUUGUCUCUAAGUAGCAGUUUUCUUUUUAUUACUAACUUUGAAGGUUGCUGGAACAACAUUUUUUCCCACACAGAAUCUGUAUGUACAUUGAAUGUGGCUUUGGCAUCUAUAAAAAGCUGUGUGAGGUCUAGCUGACUAGUACCAAGUACAUUCCAGUCCUGAUCAAACAGCCAAGUGCCCCCCACAUGCCAGGUUCUUCUCUGGGUACUAGCAAAAUAGGCUCUGCCCAGUGGAAACCUUGUAAGUCAGAAAGUCUCCUUGUUGGUGGAGUUGAGCCUAUUGUAAAUAUCCUAGGUUGGCAGAGAUAAUGCGUUAGCAGUGUCGGAAGAUAAUUUACUUCAUUAAUCGUUUAUUUAUAAAUUAUUUAAUAAUUUGGGCCCUCUGACAUCACUAAAAUGGGUAUCAUUUGGAAAUUCAUUUGUUUUAAAUAUUUCCCUGGCAGUUUUGAGAGUCUGAAGCCAGCUUCACAUAAGUGAAGUGAAUGAAAUGAAUAGCAAAUACCCCAGUCCGUUUAAAGCAGUUUUUAUAGUGUAGCAAAGAACAAAAGUGGUUAAACACUGACCUCAUUUUUCGAUGACAAAUGAGGGGAAUUUUAUAAUCAAUCAUUCAUUAUUAUUUCCCUGUUUCUUGGGUUUCAGUAAUAACUGCAGUGGAGGUUUAUCUUCAGUCGUGAGAGGAAUGUCCUAAGGAGAUCUGCUUCCCUUCCCCUCAGCCCCCCAACAGUUAGAUUUCUAGCAGUUUAGAGCCCUAAAAAUCAGGGACCUUAGGAGCAGGUAAAGCUGAAAACAACCUGCUCUGUGAAUGGUCUUCCUGUAACUCCCAUUCAGCGUAUGCCAGUGCCUCCCUGUGGUGGUGCUGGGUGGGGGUGGUCCCUCUGAAGUCACCCAGAACAAGAAAGGUUCUCUUGUAUUCAGACGUGUACUCUGUGCCCAUCUGAGGCCAUACCAUCCAGUGACUGGAGAUUUCUCAGUGUUGCUAGGAGGCCGGGAAGGGAGAUGGGUGGUAAAUGACUAUCAAUCUGGGAGAGCCAGGAAACUAUCUACCACUGAGGUGAGUUCAGUAUUGAUGUGUUUCUCUCUAGCGGUUCUUUACAGAGCACAGAGCUAGUACUUCUUAUGUAAGUUCCUUCCUUUCCUAAUAGCAUCUUCCAGAAAGUCUGUUUUAAGUCAAGGAUUAACGUUGACUUAGUUGUAAGAAUAGAUAUCCUUUCCCACAUUAUCGUUUUAGGUAAGAGCUAACAGCUUCCAUUGAUGCUUGAAGCAGUGAUUUUUGGAGAUUUUUAAAAAUAGCACCAUAAUGCAAAUUAGGUUAUGUAAGCUUUACAGCACAGCUAGAAAUAGGGAAUAGAAACCAUGUGGGACUCUGGGCCAGAGUAUAUUUCUCUCCAUCCAGCAAAUUCCUGUGGGGCCCAGGAAUUAGAUUCUGAGUGAAUACACAGAGUGCUUUGACUGGGACCUGGUACAUAGUAAGUGCUCAGUAAAUGUUGACUGUUCUGACCAUGGUUGGCCAAGGUGACAAAAUAUGUGUGGGAGCCUGGCUGUGCUGGCAGGUAGUGGAGAAGCAGGUACGUGGCCUGCUUUGGGGGAGAUGUGGGGGUUCCUUAGUGUUGACAGGUUUGGGGUACUCCCAGGCUUUGGGAGAGGACUCUUAGCAUCUUGGGAUCAGAGAGGAGACACAAAGCAAACACUUGGCGAGACCUGGUGUGGGAGAUCGCUGCAGAUCCAUGCUGGAUGAAGAUGCUUAUGUUUCCGUGUAGUAGUUAAUCAUUGGACAGUCUCUUGCCAGGGGUUUGUAAUACUUGCUUUGGGAUUUAGGUGUGCUUGGACCUUCAAAGGGGUUGAGCUUAGAAUAUCAACCUGCUGAUUCUAAGUUUCCUGCCAGUGCAUUAGUAAGAAAAAAGUGUGUUUGAUUACAGCUAGCCCCGGAAUCUGACAUUCAGAACUCACCAUGUAUCUGGCAUGUAGAAAGCAAGUUAUCAUAAACCACAGAAGAGAAAGAGGAGGCUGAGUGGCAUGCUUAGAAGGCUGUUGACUCAGAUGCUUCUCUGAAUAGCAUUCCUGCGCUUCUUUCCUCCAGUUUGCUGCAACACGUCAGGGGGAAAAAAACAUCUGUAUUUAACAACACUCAAGGCCUCCCUUCUGCCUGUUAAAAGUUAAUCUUAGAAAAAACAUACCUGUCUACCCAAUCCAUCUGUCUUUCUGUCCAUCCACUCAUCUAUCUAUAUGGACACAGUUGGGAAGUUGCUUUUCAGCAAAAAGAAUGACUAAAUGGUUGGACUGAAUAAAGGGUGAGCAUCUUCCUGCGUGUCUGGCUCACACGUGUGCGCCUGGACCUCAGGAACCUGUGGAGGCAGGUGUGCGGCCGCAUGCCUCUGCUGGUAGAGGUGAGCUGAGCGGGGAAUACAGAUCGAGUUCUGUGAUGCUCUAAGGUUAUAAAAACUGUAUAGACAGGACUGUGUGUUACUUUUAAUGGCAAAUAAGAUGUGCAUUGUAGUCAAGAGGCUUUUCUUAAAUCUAAGAAACAUUUGUGGAAGUGAUCUCCUGGCAGAAGCGAUCCCAUUCCGCGGCUGUAGCUGUUUGGGUGGAAUCCUUGCCUCAUCAGCCAGCACCGAGGGAAGGCCUCUGGGUUCUGUUUGUUUGUUUGUUUUGCCUUGACCAAUCAGUUGUUAAUUACUUGGUCCUUCUAAGGAGGGUCUUGGGGUCUUUCUUGGCAGACCUUUGCUAUUUCUGCAAAUAAACUAUGCUGUCUCUGUGGGCGGGUAGCGUGGAGACUGCCACCAUCUGCCCAGGCAGCUUAAGAGUCAGAUUAGCAUAUCCAAGCUGGAGCUGUGGUCCUGAGUCAUCUUUUUGCUGCUCACAGCCCCCAGGAGGUGCUGGGAUUAGCAUGCUACAGUGAGGACAUUCUCUCAGCACUGCCUAGGAGCCUGGUCUCUCUCUGCCUUGUAUCAGUUUCUCCUGCCUUGAUCCUUUUGUGCGGUUGGGGGAAUGGUCUCUGCAUUCACAUGUCGACUGAAUGUCCCAGGUAGUUAACAGGGGCCCUCAGUUUAGGUUAUUUGGCACUGUGGACAGCAGUGAAUGGAAAAAGGAGAGCAGGAAGAAAGAUGCUAAAAUUGGUAUCGUGUGUGUGCCAGGCACUUGGACAUUUUUCUUACUUAAUUCUCAGCCUUCUUGAAGGUGGUAUUAUUGCUAUUUUACAGAUGAAAAAACUGAGUUAAGUGCUAGAGUCAAGACUGAAAGCCAGUUCUCUUCAGUGCCAGAGCCUUUUUCUGCUGUACCAUGCUAUGGAUUGAAAGUCUGGAAAGAAGGUGAGGCAGUGCCUUGGGCAGUGAGGCAAGGCCGAACAGAGCCUGAACACAAGCCGGAGGCCUCACUGUCGCAGGAUCUUUUGAGCUCACAGGCUCAAGCCAGUCCUAACCGUGCUGGAGUCUAGGCUUUGACUUGAGGUCAUUUUAGACCAGAUAUCCUUUUAGAACAAUUGGAAAAGAUUAAGAAACUGGAAAGAUAGACUGGAAGGCUGUGGUGUGCCUGUCUAAACAGAGGGAGCUUUUGUAUUUGAAGCUUGUUUUUCUGUUUGAAUAUCAAUGAGAAACAGAGGUGUGUGUUUUCAUUUAGCUAAUGCUUUCUGAGUACAUGCUAUCUGGCCUGAGAUUGGUGAUGGGGACGUCUUAAAAGAUUUGAGCCAGACUCUGAAGGAGAGCUGGUGAGGCUUGGCUCUUUCGGUCAUAGGAAUAGGGAUGGGUGGUCCAGGCUCGGGGUGUGAGUACAGAAAAGUGGCCCUGGGGAAGUGCUGAGCAGAGAUGGGGGUGAGGGGCAGAUUGCAGUGGCCUGUUCUGCUUGCCAGGAGUGUCCCCUGGACUCAACUUCAGGGAAGGCUGUGGGCCCCUCACCAGCUCCUCGGCAGCUGGGUCCCUGCUUAGGGUUAGGUGGGUGUAGAGAUGGAUGCAGAAUCCUCUUCAGGGAAAAAAUAGCGUCAUCCUUGGCAGUUGGCCAUUUUUCUGAGCCACCUGCCAUAAUCCUGGAGGGGAACAGGAAGAAGGAAUCUCCUUCUAAAGCCAGGUUGUAGGAGUUCUUGAGCCGUGGCUUGUGGCGGGAAUGGCACCUGUGUGGGUGGCGCACCAGCGAGCCCUCUCCAGGCCGUGACUGUGUCCCUGCCCUGAUGGGCCCACUCAGGGAAGCAGCAGCUCCCACUGCACAGAUGAGAAUAUGGGAGCCAGGGGACCUCUGCAAACCACCCUGCUUAUUUGUGGUGAAACACUGUGGCUCCUAAUAAGUGGGUUCUUAAUCACACAGAAGAAAUGCCGUUGCUUCUGCCUUUGGAGCUAACAGAAGCCCUUUCUUAGGGGUGAGAUUUGAAUUCCACCACAACUGUGCGAUCUAGAAAUUUUCUCCUUUGACAGAUGAGGAAAUAGAGGCUUAGACAAAAUGACUUGCCCCAAAUUAUACAGCUCGUAAGUGGCCGAGCCCACCCAUUCCGCUAGCACUGCGCUCACCACUGGUGGUUGGUGUUGACAGUCUAGGCUGCUGCGUGCCCUGUUUUCCAAAACCGUUUGGCAACAGUUUCCUCUCCUCUUUAUGACACAUUCAUUCUACUUACCUUUCUUCCAGACUUCUGGGAUGUAUCCUGUGUGGUUUGAGACAAAACAUGCCAAAACCCCCCUGACCUCUUCCCCCACCCCCCUGCCGCCAACCUUCCUCUCCCACUGUGGGAAAAAAAAGAAACCAGACUUCAGGCUCGUUCUUCUCUGGCUGCUUCGGAAGAUGUGUCAGCUGGCUCCUGGGCAAGGUUACUGACUACCCAGCCUUGGGCCGGGUGGCCUCUUUGUUGUUGUUUUCUUUGCCAGUUGCACAGUUGGGUCUGUUUCCCCAGACCAUCUUUUUGUGCUGUAACUGAACCCUGUAAUAAAGUGCAAACCAGUCACUGCCAUUGGAGAGAUCCCCAGGCGUUGGCCGGAGGGAAGGGACGUGCUGCUAGAAGUGUGCUUUUCUCGUUUGAACUUCGUCCACGUGUUGGUUGUUGGCUGUCAUGUUUCUGGCUAGGCCUCCCUCGUGUGCUCCAGAGUGCUGGUGCCGGGGUCUCCCUGGGCCCUUCCGUCAUGUAGAUGGUCUCAGAAGUUGCUCUCUAACACCCUUCAUGCUGCAUUACGCGAAGUAUGGUGGCCAUCAUCCCGGAGGGGAUCACUCCUUCCACAUCACCUGGAAGGUGGCACCCGAGGAACUCAGGAAAGCUGAAAGCACCUCAAAAUGAGGUAACUUGAGGCUGGUGAAGGGCAGACCUGGAGAUAUGGACCUUUCCGUCAGCUAUUUUAAAGAGUUAUAUUUACUUGUUUGUGUUCCAGAAGGGAAGAGAUAGUUAUAGCCAAUUGGGCAGUUUGAGCUAAAGUGUGCCUUUCAUGAGGUGUGGUGAGAAGUGGGCCCCGUGUUACCAGGAGUGUUUAGGCAAGAAGCAGGCUGUGUGCAGAGGAAAGUCUUCCACGGGAUGUCAGUUUGCACAGAAUGCAGAUGUGGUUGGUGACAUUGUCAAGACCACGUCUUUCCUCUUGGGCACAAGGAUUUAUUGGAAACAUUCACUGUCACCUCCUACUACUAACCAGGCUGUGCUGGGGCAACAGAGCCGUUGAAGAAAACGUCAGGAGUUUCGGCUUAGACAGCCGAGUAGAAAGUGAAACCCCGGACCAAGAAGGAGCCCAGGAAGGGGGAGGUGACUGCUCAGGGCCUUGGACAGGGCGAGAGCCAUCUUCUGUGCUUGGAGAAGGGCUCCCACCUCAGUCCGGGAGCGGAGCUGGGCCUGUGAAGAGACUUAGAGCUGAGCAACUUAGAGAGUGAGAAGGAGUGUGCAGAAGGGCCUGGCCUUCUCGGGACAGCCUGGAGGUGCUUGGGAACCUGGGACCUGGGAUGGUUAGGAGGGUGAAGUAGCAGGUGGGAUGUGUCAUUGGGGGCCACUUUGUGAACGGCCUUGGGUGCCAUGCUCUGCAGUGGUUACCAUCUUCUAGAACAGUGAGAGAGUUCUGGAGGUUCGGUCUGGACAGUUGGAUGAGGAAGGACCAAAGGCAGGCUGUUGCAGAUGCCCUGUUGAGGAAUGAAGGAGGCUGGCUGAGGCUGGCAGCCACGGGUCAAGAGGCAGGAAUGGCAUCCCUUCAGAGUGCAGGCUUCUGGCCUGGACCCAGCAGGAGGUUGUGGGGCCAGGGAACCACAGGGAGCCCCAUGCCAAGCAAGGGAGCUGGGGGCCACUGUUCAGCAGGUGCCUGGGACCAAGAUAGGAAAGGCGGGGAGUGGCGGCGGGGAGAAGUGUUGCAGCGUAGCGAGGGCCGUCUCCAUUGGGCCAGGAAACGGGUUUCGUGGGCCAAAAUUCCUCGUGGGUGUGGGGCCCUGAGCCGCCUUCUUGUGCUGUCUGGGAAGCAUCUCUUUUGGCAAAGGAAAGAGAGGUUUAUAGGCUCGUCAGUCAGCAUCUUCCGCUUUCCCCGAGUUUCUGCUCUGCUGAGUUUGCCAGUCAAAGGGCGUGGCAGGUACUGGAUGUUCAUUGGUACAGAGGCUUCUGCUUUUUAGAAGAGUAAUGUUUUGGCUUCUUUACCUGGGCAGGCGUUGGAGUUCAUUGGAUUCACCGUCUGUAGAACAGGGUCGCUAGCUGGGGGAAGGUACACACUUGCUCCACAGAGUACCAUGAGGAGGGGAGAGGUGACAUGCUAAGAUUACUAGAGAAUUUGCUUUGGGCCUCGGUUUUGUGUCUUUCCCGCCACCCCUGGCUCAUGCUGCACAGGUGGGCAGGGAGACCUGAGAAAGAGGCAGGGUGGGUGUCUGCACCUGUGUAUUUCUACAGCUCUGUUGGGGACGAGGGCCAAAGAGGCAGUGGUGGUUUUGAGCCUUUAGGUCAGAGCACUGAAAGCUUAGGGUUCACUGAGACACUGAUCCCGUCGGCCUUUGGGACGACCAGGUGUCUCUAACUAUGAGAGGCCUUGUCUGUUUAGCCCAGUGCACCACAGAAAUACAUAACCUUUUUGUGUGUCACAAUGUGGAAAUCAGUGGGAACGCUGCCUUGGGCCUGGUGUCAACAUACUUUCUGGAAAGGUCCAGAGAGUAAAUCUUCCAGGCUUUGUGGCCCACUCACUCUGUCACAGCUACUCAGCUCUGCCAUCGUAGCACCAGAGUAGCCAGGGCAGAGUGCAGACAGGCAGGCGUGGCUGCGGCCACACUUCACCAAGUCCCGCCUUGCACUGCGGAGAUGACUCACCCUCUGGCUUAAUCAUGACUGGAGCCUUCCUCCGGGUCUGCUGCCUGGAGCCAUCUACCUUCCCGCAAAGGCUUCCUGUGCAUUUGCUAGGUGUGCAGUCCUUGCCCAGAAGGACCUCAGGUUUGGAGGGAGAGGUGGGCUCUGUCGGGGGAGCGGGGGCUGAAGAAUGAAAUACAGAACAAGACUCAGGGUGACCCCGACAGCCUGAGGGGGAGGGAGGCAGCUCCGGCCCAGCCUGUGAACAGAGGGCGCUGGGAGCUGGUGGAAGGUUGUGUUCAGAAAGGGGAAGUGAUCGCAGAUGCACUUUGGGAGGAGCCUCUGGUUGAGAGAAUAAGACCAGGUUUGUGGUUAACGAACAGUAUCUUUCAGUUCAGUCUGGACUUUUUAGCCCAGAGUUUGGUUACUGUUGGUGAGUGGGAAGGAGAGGCCGCGAGUUGGAUAGCUUUUCUGGCCGCCAGCUUUAGGGGGCCCGUGAGUGGCAGUUUCUGACACGGUGGAGCUUGACACGGUCUGCCACCUUUGGGCUUCUUCUCUUGCUAUCCAAAGACAGCUUAAACGGACAAGACGAAACAUUCUGUCUCGUGUCUAAUUUUGGCUUGGGGCCUUGCUGUAGGAGGGUGAAAAGUGCUAGGGAUGGGCUUCCCCUUGCUUCAGAAUGGAAUUAGCUGGCAAGAAAGCUUUAUAGAGCAGGUGUGCUUCCCCUUCAGAGAGAGAGAGAGAGAUGAAGCCUGUAAACCACUGAGGCAAGGUGCACAGGCUGGAGCAGCGGCUGCCCAGGUGCAUCUCACGCUCUAGGCCUGCCGGGUGCAGGGGAGACGGAGUCGGACACGGUGCCUGCCCCAAGGUGCUCCACAUAGUUGGGGUGAGGAAAAAAAUCUCUAAAUGUAUAUAAUGCUUUCUACUCUCCACAGUAUCUUCCCUCAGAGGUGUUUCUAGGCAAGUGAGGGGAACUAUGUUGACUGAGUACCGCGAGGUGAGGUUCCAGGGAUGUGAGCUAGAACAGUCUCCUGUGAUGUGGACAGAAGUCAGGAGGGGUGCUGGCUUCAUGAGCCCAUGGAGGGGCCUGCGCAGGUGCUGUUUCCUCGAAGCCCCCCCGCGGACCUGUAGGAGUAGGUGAGGAUCACAUGCAGCUCGGGGGAGGGGAGGCACUUGCCCGAGGCCCCACAGCUGGGAGGUGGCAGUGCAGGCUCCACCCCCAGCGCAGCUCUGGCAGCUCUGCACGGUGGACCGGCUUCAUGUGGCCUGUGGGUCCUCUGGGGACCGAGCCAGCACCCUCACCAGGUGAGGGGUUUGGUGCUGCCCUGAGCUGUUGGGCAGACAGGGGAAGGGCCUCAGGCAGAUGGGGCCCUGGUGGGAGGAGGACUUGGGUGGGUGGCAGGGUGCCUUAGGCAACUGGCUGCUCCGAGUGAGGCCGUGACUUGCCACCGCUGAGAAUCGGGUGAGGGUGGUUGAUGGAAGAGUCACUGAGAAGCCACGGCUCCCCUGGGUCCUGGCGGGGAGGUCUCAAGAUGGCGGUAGGUGCGUAACUCCCCAUGUGUAAGAAGCACGGCUUGUGUCUUCCAGAGGUGUUUCUGGGCUCCUGGAAAGGAAGGGACAAAAACAAGCCUGGUCCGGAUGGACGUCAGGCCAGCUGUGCCGCCAGUGUGUGGUCUUUCAUGGGGCAGCUGGGCCUGUGCUGCGGCUCUGGCCGCACUAGGAGGCGCACGUGUGGGGCACCCUAAGCCCUUGUGGAGCUUGGGCCGGACCCUAGCCCAUGGCCAUAAGCUCGAUGCCAUCUGUCUCAUUUUCCUGCUUAGGGAAACAGAUGAUGGUCUGAAAGUUCUUUUUUUUGAUUCGAACCUAAAUAUUUUUGUUGUUCUGGGAACACUUAAAAAUUUUUGUUCAUGGAAAUGAAUCAUGGCUAAGGAUAGGUGUUUAGGUAACUAAGAAGACUGUCUUCUCCACUCAUAGUUUAUAAUCAGGAAGAUUGCACCUUCAGUGUCCAGCCUCUUUCCCCCUCUCUUCCAGGUGGCGUGAGCGCCUCUCCUCACAGACACCCUCGGGCUUAAGUUGUGGUUAAGCGUAUGCUCCUCUCCUUUCCCUGAUGUGUGUGUGUCGCUCUGUGAGCCUCCUGGACCCUUCACCUCGCCGGCCCCCUCGGCUGUGGCCCUGAUGCCCAGGUGGUGCUGAUGGCCCACACAUGAGGCGUGGUUUGGAGUUUAGUCAGGUUCCUGAGUGCUGGCGUUUAAUGUGUCCCUCUCCCUGACUGUGGCGGCAUCUCCUGCUUAGGCCGGCCCUCUGUGGUCAUGUGGGGUUCACGCCACACCCCUGCUGUGCAGGGGGGCACUGACUGCCACUGGUCCUGCCGUCUGCUUACUGUGGUGGCUUCUCAGACACCAGGCAUCCUCAAGGCUCCUGACCAGGGGCCUUACUUUCCACAUCUCCCAGGAAUCAAGCGUGGCUGUCUUGUGAGCUGUCACCACCCUCCACAGGGACUUCCUUUCCAGAGGCUUGAGGUGGCAGAGGGAAUGCUUGGUUGAGGGGGGAUGACUCUGCCUCCAAUCCUCUUGAUGUCUUCUGAGUCAUGAGCCCCCUGCCUUGGGCAGACUUCAUUUACUUCAGCUCUUAACAGUGUUGAUCGUGUUUUCCGCAAAGCAUCUGUGAACUCAGGCCUCUGACUAGGGACCAUCUGGCCUAAGUGGUUGUACUGAACCUCUGGUCUAAGUGGCUGGCUGGGGCCCAGUCACACCUUCAGGAAGAGGCAGGUCUCUGAGGGAGUCCUCAUCAGGGCCAGGGCACUUCCAAGGACAGUGAGGCGGGUGGGCCGGGGAAGGGCCUGGCCCAGCCUGUUAGCCUCACAGCCCAGACACCCUGGUGUACCUUCCAUGUAGGGUUCCAGAGAGCGGCCUCUGAGGCUUGCUUCUCACCCAUUUCAAGCAGAACUCACUGUCUGGGAAAGAGGUGAGAGGCAGCCAGUCUAGACCUGAAGCCCUGAGCUGUUCAAGAAGGGGGCUCCCUCACAGAGGAGGAAGGGGUCCUGCUCAGUCUUAGCCUUUCCUCAGCCGCAGGACGGGGGUUCAGGAGGCAGGGAGAAGGCUGCGUGUAGUUGUGGGUAGAAAACCUUUCCCAUUUUACUGCACGGUUAUGCACGUGACAUUGGACUCCUGGUGGUAGCUUGCUCUCACUCUGGUCUGGUGAUGGCCAAGGUAGUUUUUGAGAAAUCUAUUUAAAAUAUCUAUCUGUAUCUAUUUACUGUGUUUUUUCUGAGUACACAAGUGUACGUAGUAUAAGUGCAGUGCGAAGUCCUUGGCAAUAACUUUGUUGUGUAUUAUGUUAAAACCACUGGAGAAUGCGACCACCGUGGACUGUCCUCCCCCUCUGGGGCGGUGACUACACAUAGGACUCUGAACUUUAAACCCUCGGCAUGGUGGAAGCAGCAGCCUGCAUGUGUGGACUGUCACCAGUGCCUCGCCCAGAGAUGCCUGGCCUUCACCCAGAGGGAACCUCUGCACCCCGACUCCCACAGGCAGCGCCCACACUGCGGCCCCUCUGCACUGGCUGUGCUGGACUCUGCAAUAGGCUGACCCUCUUGUCUGGCUGCUGCAGCUUGUCUGUAAUGCCCUGACAUGUUGCAUUUUGCCCCUUUGGAUGAAUAAAAAUAAAAGCUUCUGUCUUCAGCA